UGCAUAAGCUGUUAUAACAUGUCAGAUUUUUUUUUUUUUUUUUUUUGAAAUUUAUUGCCAAUUUUAAAAAGGAAGUAAGGUGAACUAUAAAUAGUUUUAUCGAUACAUUAAGAAAUAUAAUUAACUACGAUAUAGUUAUUAACUGCUUUCGUUACUUUUCUUUCUUUUAAAAAAAUUGAUACCUCAUUCUAUAGACCAAACUUUUCUAAUUGAAAAUAUUAAUUAGACUGUAGGAUCAUUUUCAUUAUAUCAAUUAGUUUGGCUAGAAUAUUUUUCAGCUUCGAAUCUGAUACCCUAUUCCAUAUUUAAAGGAUAUGAACGAUUGUAAUUUCCAGUGUAACCUACCUGUUAUACUUGGACAGUUAAGUGCUGACUGCAGUUUUAUUGCACUCUGAGAAGAUAAAAAUUAUUUCCAUCCUGACUAAGAAUUACAAAACAAUUUUUACUAUUGGGUAAUGUAAUAUAUAGAGAUUAAUUUAAAAAAUCUUGCAUAAUCCAGUACAUUGUAUUAAUAAAAUUUAACUUAUUGGGGGUUUUAAUUAAUUUUAAUACAACUGUUUCAUUCUGAAAUUCACUAAUUUGCUUAGAAAAUAAAUUUCGUAUCGUAUUUAAAAUGAGCCUUUUACAAGAUUUAAUUUUUAAUCUGGAAAUGUGUUGCUUAUUAUUAACUGAAGAAAAUGAAGUUUCUUGAAUCAUUUUACAAAUGAAGGCUGCAUUAUAUGUCACUUUAAAAUGAGCACACUCACUGAAGAACAGCGAAAGAGAAUUGAAGAAAAUCGUCGUAAAGCUAUAGAAAGAAGAGCAGCACUUUCUGGUGCCGUUAAUAAAAAUCCUAGUAAUAGUCUGUCAAUAGCUUCUACUGCAAACAAUACUAAUGGAAACAGACAAAUAAUUACCUCAAAUAAUUCCAGCUCUAUACCAAAGUCUGUUAGCCCUGUUUUUCCAAAUAAAUAUCCUAAUAAUGCACUUAAUCAAAACAAAACAUCUAAUUUAAUACCUGUUGCAAGUAAUUCUAAAAACGAAAAACAAGUUGCCAAAAUUUUUCAGUCUCAUGAUUAUGUAAAAGGCAAUUGUGUGUUACUAAAUCGUAAACGAUUUUAUGUAGAUAUGGGCUAUAACAAAGAAGUGAUAGAAAUUUUUAAAGCAAUCCCAAACAGACUAUAUGAUAUGCAGACUAAAAAGUGGAAUUUUCUUAUUGAAGAUCAUGAAAAAUUGAUGGCUCUUCUGAAACCUUUACAGCCAAACGUUUUAAUUGUUCCUUUACCUCGAUUCAUACUGAAGAUAUUUUCCCAAGUUCCAGAAACUAGAACUAUCAAAGAUUAUGAUUUAUCUACAUUGGAUCCUGUUAUGUUGCACUCUUUAUUGCCUUUUCAAAAGGAUGGAGUUAAAUUUGGAAUCCAAAAUGAAGGAAGAGUCUUAAUUGCAGAUGAUAUGGGUUUAGGGAAAACUAUACAAGCUAUUGCAAUUGCUAAUUACUAUUCUAAUGAUUGGCCAUUAUUAGUUGUAACCCCAUCUUCUGUGAGAUAUUCUUGGGAACAAUCAUUUCACACAUGGUUGCCUUCAUUAGAUAAAGCUGAAAUAAGUGUAAUUAAUUCUGGCAAAGAUCAUAUUCCUAAUAACAAAGUUAUAUUGAUGAGUUAUGACUUACUGACUAAAAUGAAAGAUGUUAUUGUAAAACGAAAAUUUAAAUCUGUCAUCUUCGAUGAGAGUCAUUCUCUUAAAAACCCAAAAUCUGCUCGAACUAAAGCUGCCCAAGAAGUUAUUAAGAAUGUUAAAAGAAUUAUUAUGUUAAGUGGUACCCCAGCUUUAUCUCGACCUAUUGAAUUGUACACACAACUUUCUGCUUUACGGCCCCGAGAAUUUUUCUCGUAUAUGGAAUAUGGUAUGCGUUACUGUAAUGGAAAACAGACUCCAUGGGGCUGGGAUUUUAAUGGUUCUUCCAAUAUGGGAGAAUUACAAAUUUUGCUUGAAGAGACGGUCAUGAUUCGAAGAUUAAAAUCGGAUGUUUUGCAGCAACUUCCUUCCAAAUUUCGACAAAUGAUUCUCCUUGAUCCUUCGCGAAUAUCCACAAAAAGCAAAGUUUUGAUGGCCAUGUCCAGGAAAUUGCAGCAAGAAAGUUUAAAGGGCAUGGAAAGAAGAGGAGUAUUAUUGGAGUAUUUCCAUGAAACUGGUGAAGUCAAAUUAAAAGCUGUCUGUGAAUAUAUUCUUGAUCUUUUAGAAAGUGAUAAAAAAUUUAUUUGCUUUGCUCACCAUCAAAAUGUCAUUAAUGGAAUAUGUAAAGUAAUAGAAGAAAAGAGAAUCGACUACAUUCGAAUCGAUGGUUCAGUGUCAUCUGAACAACGUUUGAAAUUGUGUGAAAAAUUUCAGCUUAAUGAUUCUUGUAAAGUAGCUGUUCUGAGUAUAACUUCUGCUAAUUGUGGUAUAACUCUGACUGCUGCGAAUUUAGUUGUUUUUGCUGAAUUAUUUUGGAAUCCUGGAAUUUUGACACAAGCUGAAGAUCGAGCUCAUCGGAUUGGUCAACAGGACAAUGUUGUUGUUCAGUAUCUAGUAGCAAAGGGAACUGCUGACGAUGAAAUUUGGCCUUUGGUACAAAGGAAGUUGGAUGUUCUAAAUAAGGCAGGUCUAAGUAAGGACAAUUUUAAAUCGGCAGAUACUGUUUUGAGAGAACAAAUAGAUCAGCCUAAAUUAGAAGACUUCUGGAAUGAGCUUGAUAAAUCUCUUGAGGGAGAAUGGAAAUUAAAUUGUGACAUUCCUGAAAAACGCAUGAAAUUAGUGCCAUAAAAAUACAAAUGAUGUUAUUGCUAAUUUAAAUGUGUAAAAUGUUUUUGCGUUUUUACUUGAAAUAAAUGCUUCAUUCCUUUGGAUUUCAA